GCGCAAGUAUAUCUCGAGCGUAAUGUAUGUGAACUUAUAAAAGCGAGUAAGAUUGAGAUCGAUAUAUAAUAUAUUUCAGUUAUUGUGAAAGACAAAAGGAUCGUAUAAUAUUGUUUAUAACAAAAAUAAUUCGUAAUCGAGAUCGCAAAACGACUUUAUAUCGAGCAAAACAACACUUGCGAUGAGUUCCUGGCAUCAUGAUAUGCAAGACGUUCUUAAGGAAUCUGCUACAGAAGAUUCGACAGAGAAAAUACAACUUGAAGUAAUUAAUCAUCUUGCUGACAUCAAUCAACAUUUUCGUGAAUAUUUGCAAUUGCCGAUGUUGAAACUACGUUCGCAAGAUGAGUAUCAGACAAUUGAGUAUAAGAAAAAGAUUUAUAAGGAAAUUGUGCAAGAUCUUAUUCAUGAUGAACGGCAUUAUAUUCGUGAUCUGCAUAUGAUUAUCAAAGUAUUUCGUGAAGAAAUUAUGAAAGUGGCGCGAGAUAAAAAUGAACUCGAGACGCUCUUUAGUAAUAUUAUAGAUAUUUAUAAACUUACUAUGAUAUUACUCGGCAGUUUAGAAGACAAUUGUGAAUUAAUGGAAAUUGCAGAAGAGGGACAAAUGCCUAGAAUUGGUUCAUGCUUUGAAGCAUUAGCAAAAACGACAGAAUUCGAUAUUUAUAUAAAAUACGCAAGAGAUAUUAAUAGCCCAGCUAAUCGGGAACUUUUAAUAAAUUUAUUAUCAAGAUUGGAAGCUAAUGUAGUCUUACAAACAGGCUAUAGUAUUAAAGAAGCUGUUAAAUGUUAUUUGCCAGACCUUUUAUUGCAACCUAUAUGGCAUUGCUUCAAGUAUUUUAAUUACAUAGAGCUUUUAUGUGAGCACACCCCUAACAUGGAAGAGGGCGAAACUCUGAGACAAGUACAAGAUUUGCUAAGACCGUUACAAAUGGAAUUGACGAAAUCUGUGACGAGUGUUCCAAAAAAAGAAACGAGAUUGUUAAUACAGUGUAGAGCGAGAAGAAAAGCGGCAAUAAAAAAAAUUAGGGAAAUACAAAAAAGUGUACACGGCUGGGAUCAAAAAGAUAUUGGGCAGUGCUGUUACGGUGAAUUUAUUAGAGAGGAUACAUUGAAGAAAGUGGCUAAUAAUGGACAAGGAUUAACCGACAGAAAAGUCUUUUUAUUCGAUGAGUUACUAAUAUUGUGUAAACCAAAUACAAAUGAUAAUGUUGCAACGGAUAUUGUUGCACUUGAUAAACAUCCUACUCAUCAACGUGAAUUCCGAUUGGAAGAGAAAUUGUUUAUUAGAAAAGUUGAUGUUAUUGAUAGAAAAGACAUCGAAGAAUUGAAAAAUGCUUUCGAGAUUGCAUCGAGAGAACAUCCUAAUGUUAUUCUUAUUGCUAAAUCUGUUGAGGAUAAAAACGAUUGGAUGACGGAUUUAAUGAUGUUAAAAUCAAGAGGUAUGUUAGAAAGGACUUUGGAUAGUAUUCUUUUGGAAGAAGAAAAGGAAUAUCCAUUAGGGCUACCUCCUGCGCACUUGUAUAAAUUUGCUGAACAAGAUGAUAUGGAGAAUAUUGUCCUAGAGACCAGAGAAAAUGGCGUUCCAUUGAUUAAGGGUGCAACUUUGAUAAAAUUAGUAGAAAGAUUGACUCAUUAUACAUACGCUGAUCCAACUUCUGUAAAAACAUUCCUUCUUACUUACAGAAGUUUUUGUUCACCUCAUGAAUUAUUGACAUUACUGAAAGAAAGGUUUGACGUACCAGAUCCUUCGUUGUUUAAUGAUGAAAAAGAAACAUCUACAUGUAAAACGACAGAGAGAGAAGAUUGGAAAAGAUACAAAAUGGAGUUCUGUUAUCCGGUGCAGUUUAGAGUUUUAAAUGUUUUAAGACAUUGGAUGGAUUAUUAUUUUUACGAUUUCGAACGUGAUGGAAAACUUUUAGAAACAUUGCAAUCAUUUUUACAAACAAUUAAUGGCACAUCUGUACAGAAAUGGGUUAAUUUAUUAUUAAAAAUUGUAGAAAGAAAGCACAAAUCAUCAAAACCUAUCACAUUACAUUUUAAGAAUCGUCCUCCACCGAUUGAAACACAUCUUAAAAUUCCAGAAAAUAACGAAAAUUAUGGAAUACUUACGAUACAUCCUGUCGAAUUAGCGAGACAAUUAACAUUAUUGGAGUUUGAAUUGUACAGUGCAGUAAAGUCUUUUGAGUUAGUGGGAUGUGUAUGGACAAAGGAUGACAAAAACGAAAGGUCACCGAAUUUAUUGAAAAUGAUAAGACACACGACAAAUUUUACAAGAUGGCUGGAGAAAAUAAUAGUGGAUGCUCAAAAUUUUAAAGAAAGAGUAGCCAUUGUAUCACGUGCAAUUGAAAUAAUGGUGGUGCUACAGGAUCUCAACAAUUUUAAUGGCGUCUUGGCGAUUGUCAGCGCUUUGGAAUCGGCUUCCGUUUUUAGGCUAAAAUUUACGUUUCAACAAUUAUCAGUAGAAUUACAAGAGGCUUUAACAAAAGCGCGACAGCUUAGUAAUAAUUACGUUCGGAAAUAUAAAGAAGUGUUACAACUGAUCGAUCCACCUUGUGUACCAUUCUUAAGUAUAUAUUUGAUUAAUAUUAUGCAUCUUGAAGAAGGAAAUCGAGAUUACUUACCGGAAAACCCGAAUCUUAUCAAUUUUAAUAAAUGGCGAAAAGUGGCAGAAAUAAUUGGUGAAAUACAGCUGUACCAAAAUAAACCUUAUUGUCUUUCUGUGGAGUCUAAAAUAAGACAAUAUAUUGAAAAUAUGUGCCCUUUUGACCCUAAUAUGUCAGAAGCAAAUAUAAGCAAUUAUCUGUAUAGCAAAAGUUUAGAGAUAGAGCCCAACAAAUGUAAAGCACCUCCACAAUUCCCACGUAAAUGGCCCGAGAUAAAAUUGAAAUCACCGGGAAUUAAAACUAGUAGAAGUUUGAGCGGAAAAUCGCCAACUCCAUUACAAACGGUAGUGUCCAGCGUAAAAUGGCAUGAUCCUCCGACAGAAACUCCACCGCCUCUUGAAUUACCGGAAACACCACCACAUGCACCACAAGUUACAGUUCCGCACAUAGGGGACCACAGCAUUUUUGCACCUGUCAUAUUAGUGAGUGCUGUAUCAUCAAGAAGAAGUCCCAAUAGAAUACCAACGCCACCAUCUCCUGGUAACAUAUCCCCUAGCCAACUUCGACCACCUCUACCACCUAAACCCAGCAGAAGUCGAAAAAGUUCAUUUAGCGAAUCAUCGCAACAAGUAGGACAAGCGCCAAACGCACCAGUUCUUCCACCGAGAGAUGCUCAGAUAUCCCCACCCCCAUUACCACCACGAAGAGACAUACUAUCGUCGCAGCCUAACGGAUUCGCAAGACCGAGGUUAUCACCAGAAUUGAGUUUACCAGAACGUCCCUCAUCUACCGUGUCUAAUUUCAAUACCUCUCCUGGACCUAGUUAAGUGUUACUCUAUUUCUCUUUCUUUCUCUCUUUCUCUUUCACUUUCACGUUUUACAUUUUUUUUAUCUUGAGAAUAAAUAUUUUUAUUCGAGGCUUAUAAUCCGUUUAGUAAGCUAAAUAAAGCUGAAAUCUUUCUUGCCGUAUAAGUUAAAAAAAGUUCCAACAACACAAAUUGAUAAGUUGUAUAGAAUAUUUAUCUUUGACUAUAGAAGUAUGUAUUAUGAGUACUUUUUCCAUUCACGACGAUGUUGACGUCUUUUAUCGGUAUUUUUUAGGCUCCAUCAAAGACUGGUAAAUUUAAAUAUUUAAAUAAAGCUAUGCAUUUAUUGUAAAAUCAAUUUAUAUCCCAUCAAUUUAUGUGUACCAUAUAUGAUAGAUGCUAAAUGUAAAAUUGUAAGUAAUUUUUUUAAAAAUUCUGUCCAUCUUAACUAUUAUGAAAAAAUAUUUAUCAAUCUUUUAAAAGACAGGAUAAGGUUGGGAAUCAGAGAUCUGUCAACUACAGAGGCUUUUAGAGCUGUUUUUAUAUUCGAAUAU